CGCGCCGCUACCGAGCUGAUCGAGGACAUGUCCCAGACGCCGGUGGAUUAUCUCCGGGCCAUCGGCUCUCCCAUGACGAGCCAUGGCCAUCUUCCUCGAGAACCUGGGCCCCUCCCUCCCCUCGGCCGUGGAAGCCGGACACAGGCUCUCUCGCCACAUCGGCCGCAUCGACGACUACCUGGCCAAGACGCAGCCGCCAGACAGUUCCUCCUCCAUCCUGAACGAGCCCGAGGCGUCGCAAGUGGCGCCGGGCCAGAGAACCGCCGAGGUGCCGAUUCACCAUUUCGUCGUGCCGCACGCCAACUACACCAUCCCCUUGGAGUAUCUGGAGCAUAUUCCGUGGCCGGGCUCGUUUAGUGGCCUGACUGCCGAUGUGGACUGGGCUGGCCAGUUUCAGGCUUAUAACGCGGGAGCCGGCUGAAAGGCUUGUGUUGCGGCCUGUUUAUUUUGGCGCACGCUCCCGUCAACGACGACGACGACGACAUCAAACGGCCGUAUAGAGGCUGAAACAUGAAC